CUGUCUGCCAGCUUCAGUCGUUCACACACCCAAACAGUGACUGUAAAUAUGAGUUUUAACACAAUAGAUUGAGCCGUUGUGUUUCUCGCCCUCCUGAACGCCAAUAUCAGCAGAGCCCAGUGUAAGAGAAACUGUCCAUGAUGCAAAAACUGCUAAGCUCUUCAUUGUGCCGCUUUUGUGGACAAAACCUCGCGAUAAAGCCUUGCAGCGUAUAGGCCACAUAUAUCAGACAGUGCGGAUCUUUCCCUCCGGUUGCUCUCUCUCACUCCAGUGGAUCGGUGUCCAGGAUCCAGGCAGGGAAAGAUGUCUCAGUAUUCAGGGAAGAUAGUGUUCUACGAGGGGAAGUGCUUCACUGGCAGGAGGCUGGAGGUGUUUGGAGACUGUGAUAACUUCCAGGACCUUGGUUUCAUGAACAGGGUGAACUCCAUCCGCGUGGAGACCGGGGCUUGGGUGUGUUUCGACCAUCCUGAUUUCAAGGGACAGCAGUACAUCCUGGAAAAAGGAGAGUAUCCAGAUUUCCAACGCUGGAAUGCUCACAAUGAUCACAUGAGCUCCUGCAAGCCAAUCCAAAUGCACGGGGAGCAAUACAGGAUAGAGCUUUUCGAGGGCCAGAACUUCACUGGUCAGUGUGUUGAACUGUGUGACGACUGUCCCUUCCUCCAGAGCACUGGGAUCAGCCAGAACUGCCUCAACUCCGUUAAAGUCUACGGAGACGGCGCUUGGGUCAUGUACGAAGAGCCGAACUAUCGUGGCCGCGUGCACGUUGUGGGUAGAGGAAACUACUGCUCAUUUGUGGACUGGCAAGCUGAGAAUCCCAACAUCCAGUCUAUCCGCAAAGUGGUCAACUAUUUCUAAACUUUUAAAGCAGCCUUGCUGUCUAUAAAACCAUAGAUCAAAUUAUCAGAAUUUUACCUUUGAUUUGUAUUAAUGAAUCACAUAGCUAUGUGCUUUUUAUCCUCAAUGAUGAAUCGGUUAUUUUAAAAGAAUAUGCAAUUAGCACAAAUAUUCUUGUAUGUUUUAUUUUGUAUUUGUACUGAGGCAAUAAGCUAAAAAUAAAAGUGAAUUAUGAAUGA